ACAGCUACUGGCAUAGCAAGGCUGGGGAGCAGGCAGGGAUUCAUAAAUACCUUGGAAGUGUCUUUUUUAAGAUGAGUAAGGUCAGAGCUUGGAUUAUCAAGAGUGGGAAGCAGGAGGACUUUCUGGAGCAUUUUAAUACUAGGUGCAAGAUAGACAUUUAAACUAACUGCUGUGCUGUAAUAUUUUACUCUAAAAAUGUAAGUCAGAACAGAACUUCAAUGCACUGCUCACCUUGUUAUCUCUUGCACUUGUUGAUACUGAUCUAUUUUUAUAUCUACUGUGAAUUUGCUAAAAAUCACACCAUGAUAUUUUUAAUACAGAAUAUCUCACUGUGAUGUAUUCUGCUAACAUCCAAGCCCUCUGCUGAACUGUACAAGUCAGGGUUUGGCUUAUCUUGGGAAAGUGAUUUUCUGCGUGUCUGCUGUAUAAUCAAUGCUCCAAAGCAACAGCCCUGAGAGAAACUCCAUGCGCUGCUGUAUCUGGCUGCAUUUCUCUUUCCUUCCUCAAGCAGUAUCCCACGUGCAGGGUUACAGGCAGGGAGUCUCAAAAGGCCCUCUAGGAAAACCAAAUGUAACAAUUUGGCAUCUAGUACUAUCACAGAUGGGGGGGGAAAAAAAAGGCCUUAGCAAAACUGGAAUGUACUCAGCUGUUACACAUGGACAAGUGCAAUAGACAUCAGUCUAAGUCUUUCAAUAGUAAUCUAUCUGAAGGAGUUCAGAGAUAUGGAAUGGCCUAAUAAAAUCAUGUGUUUAAAAUAGGAAGUUUUUGAUAUGUAUUGAAAGACACUUUUCUGAACCUGCCUCAGUAGGUACUUAUACCUGCACGCAUGAAAGAGACAAGGAAAAUAUUUGUGAAAGAAAGUCAACAUUUGUUAUUUGUUCAGGGAUUUGGGGUUUUCUUUCCUUCCAGAGGAACACCAAAAUAUGUGACCCUAGGGAUUGGGGGGGAUUUUGUGCUUCUGUUGAUUAUUUAGUCCAAGUCCUCAAUCAUCUUGGCAAACCAUGAAUUCAGUGUCUCAGAACUAUUGCCCUCACUUUAUAGCGCCUAGAGAGAACAUGAGACAUAUUCAAAGUGAACCACAAUUUCAGUCUCCUAUGCCCUUACUCUUAAACUAUGCUUUGUCUCUGUCCUUACUAGGUGAAACUGAGCUAUUUUACCUCCUUGACUUAAAGGAAGAAUUGCUCUUACAUAAUUUUUAUCUUUAUACAGACAAUCUCUGAAAUAGUUUGUAACAGCAGAGAAACUGAUAGGCUAGAGGUGGAAUAAUCUCUAAUAGUAAUAAUAGUAAUCCUUCUUCCCCUUCAGAUAAAAAACCAAACCAUCCAUUACAUUAAGGAGCAAAUGUUUCUUUUUAUGAACAAAAAUCUUCAGAUGUUGUCUCAGAAAUAUCUAAAGUAUCCAAACACACAAAUUAGUAACUUGUACCAUUCAAAUUACUGAAACUAACCAUGCAAUUUCAGGGAUUCCCAUGGCAAACUUUCAACUGCUGUGAAAGUGGUUUGCAUCCAUGUGCAUUUGUGCAGUUAAAGAGUUCUGAUUUUUCUACUCCCUCCAAACAGGAGACUGUAAGUGUCUUCUUUAAUGUUAAAGCACUAAGCAUGAAUUUUGGACAAAUUUUCAAUUCAAAAGUGAAAGAGAACGUUUUCCAUGUCAUAGACUUGAGCUGUGAUUGUGCCUGAAAACACACUAACUGGAGAGUAAGUACUUACCAUUCCCUGAAAAUCAUGGUCCUUUUCAAAAUCUUAAAUUUGGCACCCAAAAAUAAAAUGUCCCAAACACUCAAUACUUCUGAAAAGCACAGGCAGCUUUGCGCUUUGAGCAAGACAAAAGACCUACUCUACUUCCAGCUCAGGACUGCCACUGACCAACAUCCUUCUAGGGACUAAUUACUUGAUUCUUUCUCCUCCUCUCUUUCCCGCACCCACCCCUGUUGCCCUCCCCAAACAUUUAAUUUCUCUGAAUGAAUAAAAAAGCUGUAUCUUUUGCCUGCUGUAUUUUUAAGUUGCCCAGAACAUGCACAUUGGGCCUAAACAGUGCUUCUUCAACUGGAAGUCUCAGAAACCUAUAUAGUACUAUAGUAGGUCAUUGGCAUAUUGCUAAAAUCAAGAUGGGGAAAAGAAGCAUCAUCCUAACUCAGCUGAGGAUCACCGAAUAAAGCAGACCUUGAUCCUGAGAUACAGUUCCAUAUGGCAAAUUCCCCAGGGAUGCCUUUAACGUCCUGAUUUGGGGCUGGCAGGAGUCUGAGUGAAUGUGGGUUAAAGGACCACCAUGGAGCUCUGAGCAGCUAGUGGCAGGAAGUACUGCAGAUGCUCAGUGCACUUUCUGCUUCCUCAAAACUGCAGUCAGCUGCUUCACCACCUGGGCUGUAGGCUCUGCUUCUGGCCUGGAGAACAUCUACACAGGAGCAAAAGGACCCAGGUUUGGUAUAGCUGGCACGGUGAAUGUGACGGGUGAUGAGGUGAAGAAGCUGGAUGUAUUAUCCAACUCCCUGGUGAUUAACAUGCUCCAGUCCUCCUACAGCACCUGCGUCCUGGUCACAGAGGAGAACAAGGAGGCCAUCAUCACCCCGAAAGACAAGCGGGGUAAAUAUGUGGUGUGCUUUGACCCCCUUGACGGUUCAUCCAAUAUAGACUGCUUGGCACCAAUAGGAACAAUAUUUGCUAUCUACAAAAAGGAAACAGAUGAUGAGCCCUCUGAAAAAGAUGCUUUACAGCCUGGACGCAAUAUUGUUGCUGCAGGCUAUGCCCUGUAUGGCAGUGCUACGCUGGUUGCCCUCUCCACAGGGCAAGGAGUGGAUUGCUUCAUGCUUGAUCCGGGUCUUGGUGAAUUUAUUUUGGUGGACAGAGAUGUUAAAAUCAAGAAGAAGGGGAAGGUAUACAGUCUCAAUGAAGGUUAUGCAAAGUAUUUUGAUCCUGCAAUGACAGAAUAUUUGCAAAGGAAGAAAUUCCCUGAGGAUGGGAGCUCCCCAUACGGUGCCAGGUAUGUGGGCUCCAUGGUAGCUGAUGUUCACCGUACACUGAUGUACGGAGGGAUCUUCAUGUAUCCUGCUAAUCAGAAGAGUCCGAAAGGAAAGCUCCGACUUCUCUAUGAAUGCAACCCUAUGGCUUUCAUCAUGGAGCAGGCAGGUGGGAUGGCAACUACAGGGACCGAAGCAGUGUUGGAUGUGAAACCUGAGAAUAUUCACCAAAGAGUUCCUCUUAUACUUGGCUCUCCAGAUGAUGUGCAAGAAUACCUUGCUUGUGUACAGAAACACCAGAAGAGCAGCUAAAGACUUUCCACAUCAGAUCUUGCUUGCACAUUUUCAGUCUUCAAGAAAAGCUUUAUGUUUCAAAAUAGUGGAUUCUAGCGUUUACCACAUAUCUCUCAGUGAAAGUCCCAGUUUACAAGAGCAGGAAAAAUAGUGAGAUUUUGUUUCUCCUUGCGGGCAUUUGUAAAAAUCCUUUAAUUCUGAUUACUCAGGGCAAGUGCAGAGACAGAGUCAUGACAAACAGAAACUACUUACUUUAUAUAAUAUUAACAAAAGGAAGUGAGUUGUGUCAGUAUCCCCAUUUGAUCUGAAGUUACACAUCUAACAUUACAUAGAUGGCAUUGUUUGCAACAGGAUUUCUGCAUCAAUAUUUGCAAUGUCAUUAUCUGGAUUUUCUGUCAGAGACUUUCUUGUAAAUGCUUUUUAUCUUGACACCCCUAAGAAGAGCAGAAGUCUUAUGCUGUCUGAAACAAUAUUUUGAAUCUGAGAAUUAUAUAUAUUUUGGGUAAUUAAUAGAGAUGAAAAGGCUGUAGCAUUGUCAGGAUAUUUAAUUUCUCGUAAGAACAGGUGUGUGUUAUUCACACACACCUUUCAAAGCACAAAUUACAAUAAACCAUGGAUGUGACACCCAA